GCUAGUACGAUACACACAGAGAUCCGAUUUAGGAAAAAUAAGGCCCAAAAUUAGUCUCUAUAAAACCGACUCACUUGUUCUUCCAUCUUCUUUGCGCCUAGCCCUUUUCUUGCAGAGAGCUCUGUUCUCUUACUUUUUAUUUUCUUUUUUUUUUUAGUUUUUUCUUCUUUCUUUUUUUUUUCACUUUUCUUUUUCCUUCUUGAUUUAGAACUUUUUAAUUUUAUUCUGGGCAAUUUGGUUUAAGAUUUUAUCAUAAUCAGAGCCAUUGUCAAGGGUUAGGAGGUGUGGAUCGGUUCUUGAAUUUCUCAAAAUAACUCGUGUUUUCCCACCUGUGUCCAAAUAUACCGCCAAUUUCUAUUUGCACUGAAAUUUCUUUGUACAAUCCCAGAUUUAUCAACGGUUUUUUCGUUGCCCUGUUUAAUUGGAAUAUAGAUCAGAAGAAGGAUUAGUUUUGUUUUUGGUAUUUGGGUUUUUAUCUGAUUUGGAGUUUUGAGCGAUAUGGAUAAGAAGAAGGUGGCUGUUCCACUUGUUUGCCAUGGCCAUUCGCGUCCCGUGGUCGAUUUGUUUUAUAGUCCCGUCACGCCUGAUGGGUUCUUCCUCAUUAGUGCCAGCAAAGAUUCUAGUCCCAUGCUGAGAAAUGGGGAGACUGGUGAUUGGAUUGGAACAUUUGAAGGGCAUAAAGGGGCAGUGUGGAGCUGCGGCUUGGAUACUAAUGCUCUUCGUGCUGCAACUGGUUCUGCUGACUUUUCUGCGAAAGUUUGGGAUGCCUUAACCGGGGAUGUACUACACUCUUUUGAGCACAAGCACAUUGUCCGAGCCUGUGCCUUUUCAGAGGAUACACACCUUUUAUUAACUGGAGGAUUUGAGAAAGCUCUUCGGAUCUAUGAUUUGAAUCGGCCAGAUGCCCCUCCUAGAGAAGUGGACAAAUCCCCUGGUUCAAUUAGAACUGUUGCAUGGCUCCACAGUGAUCAGACAAUAUUAAGUUCUUGUACUGAUAUGGGUGGUGUGAGAUUAUGGGAUGUAAGAAGUGGUAAAAUAGUUCAAACGCUUGAAACCAAGUCAUCUGUCACUAGUGCUGAGGUUAGUCAAGAUGGUCGCUACAUAACAACUGCUGAUGGGUCUACUGUUAAGUUCUGGGAUGCAAAUUAUUUUGGGUUGGUCAAGAGCUAUGAAAUGCCAUGCACGGUAGAGUCAGCUUCGCUGGAACCAAAAUACGGGAACAAGUUCAUUGCUGGAGGAGAAGAUAUGUGGAUCCAUGUAUUUGAUUUCCACACCGGUGAAGAGAUUACAUGCAACAAGGGUCAUCAUGGUCCUGUUCACUGUGUGCGUUUCUCUCCUGGAGGGGAAUCAUAUGCCUCGGGAUCUGAGGAUGGAACCAUUAGAAUUUGGCAGACUGGCCCUUUGACAAACGAUGACACUGAAGCUGUUACAGCAAACGGGGCAGCUGGAAAAGUCAAGGUAACCGUAGAUGAGGUUUCUCGAAAAAUUGAGGGGUUCCAAAUUGCUGAUGAAGGAAAAUCUGCAGAGAAGGAAGAGGCAAGAAAUGAGUGAUAAUCCUAAGUGAUAUAAACCAGACUUUUUGUUUUCUUUUUGUACCAUUUUUAGUUGCUGCUGCUGCUGCUGUGGUCAGAUGUCAAAAAUUUCCAUAUAAGAUUUUAGGUGCUGCAUUCCUCUCUCCUUUUACUUUUCUUUUUUGUUACUUUAUAUUCUGGCAGAAUGUAUAUGCAAGAAGACGACAGGUAUAUCUUUCUUAUUGAAACAGCUUGAUGUUGGAAACUUUUUGAAGAUCAAUAGAAUUAAAGUGUUUUGAUUGUUCC